AUGAAACUAAAACAGAGUGAUGAAUCCCCUUCGUCGGAUGAUAAUUCGAGAGAGCGUGUCAUUGACGAGGGUGAAUCUUCAGAAAUAGAUAUCCCCCCGCUGGAACGCGCUGCUGAGUUUUCGCAGCCUUCACCCCACUUCAAAUCGCCGGAGAAGACUUCUAACAAAUCAUCCAACUCAAAGGUGGCCUCAAAUCUUGAUCCCGACGAGCCAACGGAGCUUCUCCAAUCUCAGAAGAGCACCGAUGGCCGGGAAACUCAGGAAACUCAACCUUCUCAACUGAGCCGAUAUGAGAUGAUGGAGCGAGCUGCUGAGUUUUUGCAAAGAACUAGUCAAGAAGAACUACUCAAUGAUGAGGUGCCUUCGGAUCCAGAGAUCUCCCUCUCCGUCAGCGGAGAACUUUUCGAUGAUGAGGUGCCUUCGGAUCCAGAGAUCUCCCUCUCCGUCAGCGGAGAACUUUUCAAUGAUGAGCUGCAGCCAAUGGAUACUACGGAGAUUUCCCAGCAAGAAGAAAAGGAAGCGAACUCCUCUCAAGGCUCCUCCGUCUAUGAAACGCCUGAAAAGAGUCUACCGAAAACGCCGAGUAAGGCUGAUCAAUCAGCACCCGCAACACCUCCUCAGCCCUCGAGAAAGCUUCGGCGAAGCCUCUUCAAUGAAAAUCAGGAAGAAGAACCGAUGGAGUCCCCGGAGAUAAUCAUGGCGUCCUCAGGAGACACGACGGUGAGAUCAAAAAAGGUCGAAUUAAAAGAUUCCUGGUCGCAGGUUUCUGGAGAGACGCUACGAGAGACUGAAGGGAGAAAAAGGAGAACUCACGAUGCGCUGAACUUAUGCGCCGGGAAGUCUCAAGAAGAAAGAAAGAAGAAGUCACAAGAAGGGAUAAACCAGACCCAGCGAGUGGGCGAUCUUUUAAACCACACAGCGCUUGCUCUCGACUCACAACAGUCAACCCAAGCAACUCAAGCUCGACAAGAGUCAACAUCAGCAACUCAACUUCAACCUCAAGAAGAGUCACAAGGGACUAAUGAAAAAUAUUUUACGCCUCCCACUUCUCCAACCUUGGAGGAAGCCUCAGCCACGCAGAAGACUUUCGACGAGGAUUUAAAUGACGAUUACUUUGCGAAGCUGGCCUCAGAUCUUGAUCCCGACCAACCAACGCCGAGUCCGCAACGAAACAAUUCCUGGUCACAGGUUUCUGGAAAGACGCUACGAAAGACUGGAGGGAGAAAAAAAAGGACUCACGAUCCGGUGGACUUUUGCGCCGAAGAGUCUCCAGAAAAAAAGUCGCAAGAAGAGAUGAACCAGACUCAGCGAUGGGGCGAUCUUUUAAACCACUCAGCGCUUGUUCUCGGCUCACAACAGUCAGCACAAGCAACUCAAGAUCGACAUGAGUCAACAUCGGCAACACAGAAGACUUUCGACGAGGAUUUAGAUGACGAUUACUUUGCGAAGCUCAAAUCGCCGACGAGGAAUACUGAAACAAAGAAGAUUAAGAGGCAAUCAGAUCAGGCUAAACAGCAAAAAAGAGUUUACAGAAAAAUUCCGAGAUCGAGAGCAAAACCAACGCGCGACGAGUUGGAUAAAUCUUUGGCUAGAGCCCUUCGAAAAUUACAAGCUGGCGGUAUUAGUCGACGUCUGGAAUUCGCGAGAGCUUUCAUUUCAACAACAUACCGACCACGAGAUUCGAGCUUGAAUCGAGAAUUUGAAAAAGCGAUUUCUUGGGAGCCAAAACCACGAGAAGAGCAGGAGUCAGCUCAUAACUGGUCGCAGCAAGCUUUGUUCGAUGAAUCUGCGGAGGAUCGACAAGCACUAUCGCCUGAACAUGAUCAGUCCCCACCCGCGCCAAUUGACAGAGAGGACGUUCGCGAAUUUAUGUUUCCCACUUCAAACAAGAGAAAGCUUCAGACUCCUGAAAAGGACGCGCGGGGCGAAGCAAGCGCGAAAGAUCACGCAGCGAAAAGGAGCAAGCACGAGAAAGAAAAUAUACCGCCUAAGAAAAGCGCUUCAAAGCCGACGAUUCUUACGCCAGCUGUGGAUGUCACCAUUGCUCGUCGUCCAGGAACAGAUAUUCAACGAGCAACUUCCUCACGGAAGCCUCAUCCUGCCUCGGUGAGACCAUCGUCGCGACCGAAUAUCCGACCACCGCCACCACCACCGGUCGCUGCUACGAGAGGCCCUGCUCCUCCACCACCAACUGGACCAAUUUUUAAGCCUCGAGCAGCUACUCCAGUCAGUAGGGACUCUCUAGUAGAGACUCCUGUUGAUACGAAUCCAGAGUAUGGCACAUUCGACAACACUGCUAACGUUACCAAUCUUCCUUCCGAGAGAAACGCUGCUGAUACGACAAAUCCUGAGUACGAGACAUUUGACCGAUCUUUGAAUGUCACCGCUGGAACCUCCGAACAGCCUGAGCCUGCGUUUUCUGGCUCUUCUUCAGAUGUUUCCUCCAGAAGGUCGGCACGAAAGGACGAUAAAGGCACUUCAAUUGCUGAUGCUGUAAAAGCCAGACGAAAGAGAGACGGAAUGAGCCACAACUUGAAUCCGAGGCAAGAAUCUAUUGCUUCGAAUCAACGAGAGGAGUCUGACGAGUCAGCCAGUGAAGAGUCAGUCCAACCAGCUUCAAGCGUCAAGCCUUACAAGGUAAACACACUUCAACUUCUAGCGCUCAUGAAAUAA